AUGAAGGCGGGCAAAACCAUAACCCGUCGGAAAGCUCGGACUGGCUGUUUCACCUGCAAACACGUAAAAUGUGACGAGCAAAAGCCAGCCUGCUUGCGGUGUACCAGUACCAAGCGAAUAUGCGAGGGUUAUCCCGCAGUACCGCAAUCCCUCUCUACUGAAAAUGCAUUGAGCGACGCGGAACGUCGAUCCUUUGCCUUCUUUCGAUCGCGCACAGUGCACAGAGUUUUUGGCCAACGGGACGCGGGCGAUUGGGUUUCUGUGCUUCUGUAUCUUGGACAUAAUGAAGUCUCAGUGAAGCACGCCAUUACAGCGCUUGCAUCCUUACAUGAGAGUCUUGAGCCUAACAAUACAUCGACAUGGAUCCAAAAGUCUCCAAAACAUGCCAGGGCGACCGCCGAAGUACUGGCCCUAAAACACUACAAUGAUGCCAUUAAAUCCUUGAGGGUUGAAUCUCUCAAUAUGUCUUCAAGACCCGAUCUUACUAUGAUAUUGUGCAUUCUUUUUAUCUGCUUUGAACAAUUCCGAAGUGGCGAUGCUGCCUGUAUUGUUCAUUUGACCGCGGGGCUUAAAUUACUCUAUUGGUGGAGAUCGAACACCAACAAUUACACCAAAUUGAAAGAAUAUUCUCGGCCAACAUUGGAAUUGAUGAACGAGAAGAUCACGCCUGUCUUUCAACGUCUACGCGUCCAGUUUUCUCUCUGUAUGGACUCCCGCCACGCUCUCAGCAGAACAGGCAUCAAGGCAUGUCUGCCCGCCCCGACUAUCCCGUCCUCUUACGCCUCUUUAGAUCUUGCUCGAAGAGAUUUCGAUCGCGGCAUGAACUAUGUGUUCUCCACGCUCGAAAAGGAGCAGGUCACGGAUUUUCAGCAGCCAAAUAUGAGUCCGAUAAUCAUCUUACAGCGUUGGAAAGACGCACUGGAUGCGUCUGACUUUGCGACAGAGCCCCCCGAGCUACGGAAUUGCAUACGGAAGCUGCUUGAACUAUACUACUCCACCUCGGUCGUCAUAACAGGGACUUAUAACACGGAAAAAGAAGUAAUAUUUGACGACUAUCUCGAAGCAUUCCAAUCUAUUGUCAGACUUACCGAAGAAAUUCUCGAGAUAUGGCAACUGGCACCGCAACAAUUCAAUCUUUUAUUCAGUUUUGACCUCGGGAUCACGCCGCCGAUGUUUUUGGUUGCGUCUCGCUGCCGUGAUUCGCAGACGAGAUGGAAAGCAGUUAAUUUGAUGUUCCAGCCAACGUUCUACCACGGCGUUUGGCGGGAUCAAUACUCUGGUCUUUGUGCUCAGCGGAUUGUGGAGCUUGAAGAGGAUGGGCUUGAGAGAAUCGGAUGUUCUGUAUACGUUCCGGAACACAGACGUAUCAGGAAGAUAUCUGCUGACAUUCAGGAGGAACAUGGUCACAUUAUUAUGAACUUCGUUCGGUGGCCGUAUAUCCCGGAAUCUGAGAUAAUGUCUACUUUUAUCCCGUUGGGAAGGGAGAAUAUUUGUUAA